AUGAACUCCACUACCAGACUGGAUGAUUUCAACAAUGCCUUCAUCAAGAACUUCAUCAGUUGCUUUCUGGGUGUCCUCAUCAACACCAUCAACGGUUUCUUCGUGUACAUCUUCUUCCGGAAUGCCACAUUCCAGCGUGACCCACGUUAUAUUCUCUAUGUACACCUGGUACUCAACGACAUCCUCAUGCUGACCAUCGCGGUGUUUCUACAGAUCCUGUCGUACCUCGUCCCCUUUAUCAACCUAUCCUUCUGCUGCUUUCUUGUGCUUCUGGCGGUGACGACCGAUCGGAACAGCCCGUUCAACCUGGCGGGCAUGGCGGUGGAGCGCUACAUCGCCGUGUGCCGCCCGCUCCACCACGCCCAGAUCUGCACGGUCCGCCGCACCUAUGUUCUGAUCGGCCUGAUCUGGUGUGUCUCCCUGGUCCCCAGUCUAAGCGACAUCGUCCUCCUGCUCGUCACACAGCCUCUUGCCAUCUUCUCCUCUCGGGUUCGGUGCCACGUAGCCGCCGUGAACUACACGCCGUACCACCAAGGCCAAUCCGUGGCCGUCCAGGUCAUUAACCUGUCCUUUGUCUUCCUAACGCUGAUCGUCACCUACCUCAAGGUCAUGUUUGCCGCUAGGAGGGCCACCACAGACCAGGCCUCCGCCAUGAAGGCCCGCAACACCAUCCUGCUCCACGCGCUCCAACUCCUGAUCUGUAUGCUGGCCUACUUCACCCCGCUCACCAACAUGGUCCUUCUCUACGCCUUCCCCCAGCAACGCACCACCAUCCUGUUCACCAACUUCCUGUUCACCAGCAUCCUGCCUCGCCUCCUCAGCCCACUCAUCUACGGGGUCAGGGACCAGAAGAUGCUGAACUGCAUCAAAGUUUCCCUGUCUUGCAGACAAACUACUGCAAGGUCCGAGAGUGUGUUUAAUCUGUUUAGCUUCAGUCUGCAGAGACUACUGGAUCAUUACAUAAACUUUGAGGCAUAG